AUGUUAUGUUACGAAGGCAGAAGAAAAGCUAUCAAAGUUCGUAAAGAACGUGACAAAGCAAGCCGACGAGAAUAUACGGGAGAUUUAACAAAUCCAGUUCUAUACAGUUUUCUACCAUCGCAUGCCAUACUGGAAGAUGCAGAACUUCGCACAAAGUUAUAUGGUUGUAGUAUAUCUGAUACAAUGGAUUAUUAUUUUAAAUCACGUUCAUUACCAGAUUUACGAUUGUCAGAUUAUGAUAUUAAGAUUAAUUUAGAAAAUGAAAAGCGUAAUGUCAAAUUUAAACGAGUAAUCGAUGAAUUGAAAUGGAAUAACGAGGAUAUGGAUUCUGAUUUGGAUGAUGCUGAAAAUCUAAUAGAUAAACGUGAUCCUGUUCAGGUUUAUAUUAAAGCUUGUCAACAAUUCAAAAUUCAUCCACGAAAUGUUGUCAUUGACGGUUUAGCAACAACUGAAUUGAAUUUACAAGAAAUGUCAAUUAAUGAUGUUGAUUUAAAAGCAAUUUGGCUUGGAAAUCAAGGAGCACUAUUAAUGGCUGAUGUUUUAGCUAAAAAUGACGUUAUUCAAGAAUUAAAUAUAUCAAACAAUCGAAUCGAUAAAGAUGGUGCAGCUAUAUUUGCAUCAAAAUUAGAAUUAAAUCGAACCAUUAAAAAAUUAUGGUUUGGCAAUAACCAUAUUGAAACUUUGGGUUCCCUAAUGUUACUAAAAGCUGUCGAUCAUAUUAAUAGUCAAGUUGAAUAUUUGAAUUUAGAAAAUAUUCUGGUUAAUGAUGAUUUUACAGAUUUAUACACACAGAUCAACCAGUAUUUACGUUCGCUAACUGUAGUUCAUGGCGGUGUACGAGGCAGACUCGGCAGGUUACAUCCAGGAGUACCUGGAUUCACCAUAAUGGACGAUGUUGAUUUGAAAGUUUUGGAUCAAAAAACACUUCAUGCCUUUUUUCAACGUGAUCCAUUCAAAAUACUUGGUAGAAUGGCAAAAGAAAGUGGCCAUGACUUUGCAACAGCAUUAAAGAAAUGGGACGAAGAGGAGCACGGUAUAGUACUAUAUGAAAUCUAUGUAGAGGACUUUCCGAAUGCAGUUGCUGAAGCUGGAAUUACACUGGAUAAAACACUUGAUCAUAUUCUAUGGAACUAUUUGAAAAAAGUUUCAAAGAAUGGUUCAGUUAAUUAUCUGUAA